CAGAUGUCAGUUGUUGUGAGGGCGAGUGCGAGGAGGCAGCGACGGAUUGCUUCCCCUCUUUCAUUCCCUUUAUUCUUGUGUUUAGUGGUCAGCGCAGUGGACUAACAUGUCUGCAUUAUUUGCCUGUUCCCGCUGCUUCAGCCGGCACCCGUUCGAGGAGCUUUCGCAGGGGCAGCAACUGUGCAAGGAGUGUAGAGGUUCGUUUCCUAUUGUAAAAUGCACAUACUGUCGAAGUGAAUUCCAGCAGGAAAGCAAGAGCAGCACCGUCACAAUCUGCAAGAAAUGCGAGUCUAUGGUGAAGCAACAUGGCAAACCAUCAGCAUGUGAAUACUGCAAUGUUAUAGCUGCCUUUAUUGGUAACAAAUGUCAACGAUGCACUAACUCAGAGCGGAAGUAUGGACCCCCACUUACUUGUGAUCAGUGCAAACAGAAAUGUGCAUUUGACAGGAAGGAUGUUGAUAAAAAGAAGGUUGACGGGAAGUUGUUGUGCUGGCUCUGCACACUGUCAUAUAAGCGAGCACUAGCAAAAACAAAAGUUACAGAUCCAGCUAGGCAUUCUCACAUAAAGCUUGGUUCACGUUCUGGACACCACAAGGAUAAGGAAAGACAUAAGCUGAGUGGCCACAAUAAAAGACCCAAUAGGCCCGAUGUUACGAAAAUGCCACAAGAAGAACCUCCGGCAAAGCUGGGAUUAUAUGAUACAGACAAAGACAUUCAGAGUGUGGAAACACAUGACAAAUUUAAGAAAUUGGUAUCAAGAAAUUCUGGUCCAGUUCGAGAUGACCCAGGAACAGCUGAUCAGCUUGUGCUAAUAACACAACUAAGGGAACGAAUAGCUCAUCUUGAGAAGCAACUUUCAGGCAAAGAUUCUCAGCUUUUGGCAAAAGAAAAACAGAUGACUGAAUUGAAGGCAAGUCAGUUCACAUUCGAACAGGAGCUCCGGCAGAAGAUGAAGAAUUGCAGCCGGGAUUAUGAGGGCAAAGUAGACCUCUUGCAGAAGAAGAUUCGUGAACAAAGCCGUGAGAUUGCCUUGUUAAUGAAGGGCAAAAAGAAGGGUGAUAGGAAUGCCACUCUCUCGGCCACAGAUGGAGGCUCAUCUGGGACAGACAGUCCUUCUGUAGGUGGGAUAUCUUCAGGUAAAAAAGUAUGAUUAUAAGUUACAAAUGAAACGUGGUAGGCCUUGUUCCAGGUAAAGUAUAAAACCUAUUCAUUUUCGAGAACUAAUAUGUAAGAAGUAUAAAUGAUUAGGGCUUUUUUGUAUAGUAAAGUAAUGGAAUAAAAUGUUAAGUCAAGUAAUUCUUAUGAGAGUCACUCAGUUUUAGCUGUCAGUUUCCAGUAUUUUAUUUGAGUUUUAAGACAAAUUGCUUUUCAUUUCUUGUAAUGUUAUAAGUAGUUGCAUAUUAUGAUCAUCAUGAUUAACAGUAGUUACAUAGCAUAAAGGUAGAUACUGUGCUAUUAACAGUACACCAACUAAAGGCUUGAUAUAUGAUUGGGAACUAGUGAUCAGCAAGUGUAUAUAGAUGUGUUCAAACCUAUAUUAAAAAGUGUAAGACUAUAUAUUUAAACACUUUCUGUAGUUACUCUGGAAAUAAAUGGUUACUGUUAUAUGAUGUAAUGCAGAGAUUAUUGCUCUGUAUUUUGUGAUCAUCAUCCAUCAAUAAAGCACUUAACAGUGACAAGAAAAAUAUCACCUGAUAUUUUUUUCACAUAAAAUGUAGGUGAAGGGACUGUAAUAUAUCAUGUAUGAUAUUUUUUUAGUAGUUGCCCAAACAUUUUUAUUUUGGACUAUGAUCUAAGCAUUGGAAACUAGAACAAAUAGUGAAGAGUAUAUGACCCCAUUCUACUAAGAUGUAAGAAUUUGUUUUUAGAAAGUAGAUCUUUAUAUUUGGAAUUUUUGACCAUUAUCUUAAUAUACAGAAAUGUGAGUAUCUGAUGUUUGUGAGUAUUCAUAGUUGGUAUUGUCUUCAAUAAGUUUUCUUUUUUAUGGUACAGUGCGGUUCAUUUCUGUGAACUGCUAAUGAGAAUGAUUGAUUAAAAUCAAUAACUAAACUGAUAUUUCAAUAUGGAAAAUUGCUCACAUCAAAAGCAUUGUAGUCAAUAUUUGAUUGUAUUGUAAGUGAAGUGAAUGAUUGAGAGGAGCCUGCACAUGCUGUAAUUCAAUAUGGUUAUGUCCUAAAUUUACAUGAAAGUAUAGUUGGAAAUUCAAUUUUGAUUACAGUUUUGGGUACUAGUAAUGAAAACAUGAAUUUUCUCUAUCAGAAAUUCUAUAAAUUUGUUGCAGUUUUGGACAUUCAUAAGUAGAAUUUGCAUUGCAGCAUUUAUGAAAUUGGGUGUUGUCUUUUUAGACAUUAUUUGAAGUCAUGAUCUUUUUAGUAUAACGAAGUUUCAAUGUUCCACAUAUUCAGAUUGUGAAGUAAUAUUUUAUUAUCAAAAAGACUUCAUAGAUUUUAUGGAAUUUUGUAUAUAUAUGAUACCUGUACUUUGCGUUUUUUUAAAUCGUAAUUGGGAUUAUGUAUAUUCUCGGAUAUCAACCAAGGUAUUAACUAUAGUAAUUGUUUCAUGUGUAUUUGCACAGGCUUUAUAAACAGUUUGCCUGCUUCCUUGGAUAUGAAAUUAAGUGAUUUUUACAUUUUAUUUCACUGUUGUUGUUUCUGUAUAUCCAAAUGAUUAUUUUUGAGGUCACAAUUUUUGGUAAGUAAUUG